AUGGGGACCAGAUUGAUGGCUUCCCACAGCUCGAUCGCCCUGGGAUGGGCUCUAGCACUGGUGACAAUCGCGGCAUUGGGAGAGAUUAAUGUGGUGAGCGCGAAUUACGAUUACUCCUCACCGCCGCCGCCUUAUGUGUACAAGUCGCCGCCUCCGCCAUCCCCGUCGCCGCCUCCUCCGUACAUCUACAAAUCGCCCCCUCCGCCGUCUCCUUCGCCGCCACCACCAUACGUCUAUAUAUCACCGCCGCCACCAUCUCCAUCUCCGCCUCCUCCUUACAUUUAUAAAUCUCCUCCUCCGCCAUCUCCGUCUCCGCCACCUCCAUAUGUCUAUAAGUCGCCGCCGCCGCCAUCUCCCUCUCCGCCACCCCCGUACGUAUACAAAUCUCCGCCACCUCCAUCUCCCUCGUAUGUGUAUCAAUCCCCGCCACCGCCAUCUCCCUCGCGGCCUCCUCCAUAUGUUUACAGCUCGCCACCUCCGCCAUCUCCCUCGCCACCACCGCCGUAUGUUUACAAAUCGCCGCCGCCUCCAUCUCCAUCCCCACCUCCGCCUUAUGUGUAUAAGUCUCCACCGCCUCCAUCUCCAUCCCCGCCACCUCCUUAUGUGUACAAAUCUCCGCCACCACCAUCCCCAUCACCACCUCCGCCAUAUGUAUACAAAUCCCCGCCACCACCUUCACCAUCUCCGCCACCACCAUACGUAUACCAAUCUCCACCCCCGCCAUCUCCAUCGCCACCUCCUCCAUACUACUACAAGUCGCCGCCACCGCCCUCUCCAUCCCCUCCACCACCGUAUAUCUACAAGUCUCCACCUCCGCCAUCACCGUCCCCACCACCACCAUACGUAUACAUGUCCCCUCCACCACCGUCGCCAUCGCCGCCACCUCCGUACGUCUAUAGCUCGCCACCACCUCCGCCCGUGUAUUACUAUAGCUCUCCUCCUCCUCCAUCUUACUAUUGAUUCGACGAAGCAUAAGGACGAUGAGCUUCUAGUGUUGCGGAUUUGAGUCAGUGUUAUCGGAUGAUGUGCAUUAAUGAACGUUUGUGG